GAAAGUAUCAAACAUCAAUAGAAGGAUGGUUCAGAAGUGAGGAAACAUUGAAUCAGCACUUGUUUGGAGAAGCAGCAUGCAGAACGUGGAGGAGACUGAUCUAAGAUUUAUCCACAGACAUUUAUAAUAAAAAGGAUCUCACUUUUGGAGAUUUCAGCUGACACGACUGACACGAACACUAAUCACUGACUGAUACGUUAUGGACGAACUAAAGAAGAAGAACGCUCGUAACGGGAGCAUCGCAUACAGCGUGGACUCCAAAAUCAAGUCGAAUGAGGAGGAAGUCAAAGCUACUGUUCUGCAUAAAGAUGUGGGUCUGAUAAGCGGGAUCAGCCUGAUUGUGGGGACGAUGAUCGGGUCAGGUAUCUUCAUCUCUCCUAAAGCUGUGCUUGAGGGAACAGGAGCCGUGGGGCCGUGCCUCUGUGUGUGGGCGGCGUGUGGGCUGCUGGCCACUUUCGGAGCUCUUUGCUAUGCUGAGCUCGGCACAAUGAUCACUAAGUCUGGAGGAGAGUACCCAUACCUGAUGGAGGGCUUUGGGCCUGUUCUAGCCUAUCUGUACUCCUGGACGACCAUCUUCGUUUUGAAACCUUCAUCCUUCGCCAUCAUCGCCCUCAGCUGUGCAGAAUAUGCCUCCACACCUUUCUACCCAGGAUGCAGCCCACCAGAGAUUAUCAGCAAAUGUCUGGCAACAGCAGCUGUCUUUUUGAUUGUAAUCGUGAACUGCCUGAGUGUGAAGCUGGCCAGCUAUGUGCAGAACUUCUUCACUGCAGCCAAACUCCUCAUCAUCAUUGUCAUAAUCGUAUCAGGAAUUGUUAUGCUGGCCCAAGGCAAUACACAGAAUCUCAGAGAUCCAUUUACAGGAGGUGAAACGUCAUUUGGUGCGAUUGGACUUGCUUUUUACAAUGGCCUCUGGGCUUAUGAUGGCUGGAACCAGCUUAACUUUAUAACAGAGGAGCUGAAAAACCCAUACAGAAAUCUCCCGCUGGCCAUCAUUAUCGGGAUUCCUCUGGUGUCUGUUUGCUAUGUGCUUGUCAACGUUGCCUAUUUCAGCGUUAUGACACCCACAGAACUUCUGCAGUCUCCUGCCGUGGCUGUGACUUUUGGAGACAGAGUACUGUACCCGCUGGCAUGGGUGGUGCCACUGUUUGUGGUCUUUUCGACUUUUGGAGCUGCAAAUGGAAGCUGCUUUACUGCUGGAAGGCUGACCUAUGUAGCAGGACGGGAAGGCCACAUGGUGAAGAUCCUUUCCUACAUCAGUCUGAAACACUACACCCCGUCUCCAGCGCUCAUCUUUAAUGGCAUUCUGUCUAUCUUCUACAUAAUUCCAGCAGAUAUCAACACUCUUAUUAACUACUUCAGCUUUGCUCAGUGGGUUUUCUAUGGACUCACUGCCUUAGCUCUAAUCGUCAUGCGCUUCACAAGAAAAGAGUUAAAGAGACCUGUGAAGGUGCCCAUAGUUAUCCCUGCUCUGGUGGUAUUAGUGUCCUGUUACCUGGUUUUGGCUCCAAUCAUUGACAAACCUGAGAUAGAGUAUCUGUACUGCACAGUGUUCAUCUUAGGGGGGCUGAUUUUUUACUAUCCCUUCGUCUACCGCAAGUUCAGCUGGACCCGCAGGUUCAUGAAACCCAUCACUAUGCAUCUCCAGCUGCUAAUGGAAGUCGUCCCACCACAGAAGGUAGAGUGAACGUAUGGAGUGAAUUUUGUGCCAGAAGUUUUACGUAAAAAAAUAAAAUCCACAAUCAAAAUUUUAAGAAUCAAAAGUAAAACAUGUAUGUUGCAAAUUCAAAAGAGAAAAAAUAUAUAUCAAAUAUAUAUAUUUAAAUAUACUUGGUUAUUUUAUUAUUCUUUGCACUUAUUUGAAAAUUAUUUUAGUUUGGAUUUUGCCAGUCUUUGCUUUCAUUUUUGGAUUUUUUUGGAUUUUCUGUGGAUUUUUGUGGAUUUUGCUGCUAAAGACUUUUGCUUCUGGAAUCUCUCCUUUGCUUCUGCUUCAUUUUUUUGGUUCUGAUUUUUGGCACACUUUUCACGGGUGGGCGGGGCUUAGAAGAAGGCGUUCCCCUCUAAUCUCUAUUGGCCCACCCCACCAGCUUCAAGCGCUCUUCCAAACAUGGCGGAGCGAACGGGGUUCAGCUCACAGCAGCACCAGCAGGUACUUUUCCAAUUAAAUUUCAUACAGACGUUAUGUUUAAGGUUAUAUUUAUUUUUUAAGUAAGUGUUUAACUCUAUUAAGAUGCUCAUGUUAGCGGGGUGUGCUAAAUAUCCAUGCUUAAAUUAUACUAGUUAGUUAGUGAACACUAACCUACCUAGUCAGUGAGUUAGCUAGUUUACCUAGGUCAUCUGGUCAGUGAGUUAGUGGGUUAGCUAAGCUAGUUAGGUUACCUAGUCAGUGAGUUAGCUAGUUAACCUUAACCAGCACUUACUUGGCUUUACCCUGGGGCAUAAUAACUAGCUUAGCUAACCCACUAGCUCACUGACUAGGUAACCUAACUAGCUUAGCUAACCCACUAACUCACUGACCAGAUGACCUAGGUUAAGUAGCUAGCUAACUCACUGACCAGAUAACCUAGGUUAACUAGCUAACUCACUGACUAGGUAACCUAACUAGCUUAGCUAACCCACUAACUCACUGACCAGAUGACCUAGGUAAACUAGCUAACUCACUGACUAGGUAACCUAACUAGCUUAGCUAACCCACUAACUCACUGACCAGAUGACCUAGGUAAACUAGCUAACUUAAAAUUUUGAUUGUAGAUUUUAUUUUUUUACGUAAAACUUUUGGCACAAAAUUCACUCCAUAUGAACGUCCUUAGAACAUGAAGAACCAUACACGAUCACCUGCAGACUGAACAGUCUGCAUACUGCUACAGAGUUCUAAAGGGAAGCUGACUGCACUGACAGCUCUGAUCUUCAUCUACUGCAUUAUAUCAGACUGAAGGUCACUUACUGAGCAAAGAGGGGGUUUUAAAUGCAUCCCAUCAGUGAAAAGACACAACAUACCAACAUCUUGGAUGUUUUGUAGACAUAAUAAAAGCUAGCAGAUUUCAAUACAAAAAGUAUGUAAAAAAAAAUUAUAAUGCAUCUUCACAUUUAGUUUAAACUGCUUUAAUUCAGAUCCCGAUUUGUUGUGGGUGUUGCACAGUUAGCACAUGCAUUUCAGACCUGGGGAAAAGUGAAUCUUAAAUGUGUAUAAAAAUGAAUUUUAAGUGGCAAGUGUAUAAAUGGUGUGAUAUGGAUGUAAAUAUUUUAUAAGAUGUAAUCCUAUAUUAAUUGUCAUGUUUUAUUCUUUUUUAUAUAUGUGGUCAGUGCUGUUUAUGCCUGUUUAUUUUUUAAAGCAAUAAAAUAUAUUUCAAUUGUCA